CUUAGUUUCCAUUUAUACUUACGACACUUUAACAAAUAAUGCUUCCUUGUCUGGUUAAUUACAACAAUUUAAUUUUUAGUACAAAUUUGAACCUUGUUUCGUAUUUUUUAUUGUUACAUUUAGUGUCGCCAGUGCUGAUUAUAUACAAUCGAUAGUUCUGUGGUAACUUCAUCUAGCCAGUUAUAAUUAAACACAAACAAAAUUUGGAUACAUUUGGCAUCAAAUAAAAAGAAGAUUACAUCUUCCUUAUCUGAAUCUUUUUAAAACGUCAAAGUGUCAAUUUAAAAGGAUAAGCUGUGGGUCUGAUUGUCCAGUUCUUUAAAAUGGGUGCAUAUGAUAUUUUUUAAAGCAAUUUCGUGUUUAAAAUUCACACACUUCUCAUUAUCAGACAAUUUAAAACUUCAAGAUGAAAUAAAAGCUUUGAAAAAUUUAGGAGAACACUUGGAACAGAUGCUGAAACUUAUCAGCUUCGAAGUAUGCGAUUUGCCGGACGACGUAUUGAUGUUGCUGGACAAGUGUGUGGAAAUUCAGGCAGACGGGCAAUUAAACGAUCUUAACAUAAACUUUCUACGUGAAUUUUAUUAUACAAAAAAGCGCGAAAAUAUCGAAAGCAAACUCAAUGUUGCAGAGCAAUCGGCCACAUUGAAAAAACUGAGAAGUUCUAUAAAAGAGGCGGACAAAGAAAUAACCGCAUUGGACAGAUUUACAAGUACAGUUAGCAAGCGCUUGAUAUCGGCUACCGCACUGCAGCGCAAUAUUACUCAAAUGGACGGCAAAUCGAAGGGCCUUCUGGACAGACUAAAGGGGCUAAAAGCGCCAGAUGAGUUCAACAUUGAAUCGGUAAUAGAAAAGAUAGAUAUGCUUGAGCGAAGUAAAAAAAGCGAAUAGUUGUAAUUUUUGUAUAAAAAUGAUUUAAAUGUUUUUAUUUAAUCAGUAAAUUCAAAAAAUUACCAUAACACAAAAUCAGCGAAAUUAAAA